AUGAGAGCUGAAGACGGAGGACCGGAGCGCAAUUCGCUGAUCCAGGAGAAGAGACUGGGUGGCUGGUGGCGCCAUUUUUCACCGCUCCUGCACAUGCACAUGCGCACCAACGAGCACUGCAACAAUCCACCCCACGCCGACGGGACCUACGAGGUGUCCCUCUACACCAACGUGGUGGUCCGCUCCAACGGCAGCAUCUUCUGGCUGCCGCCCGCCAUCUACAAGAGCGCCUGCAAGAUCGAGGUGAAGCACUUCCCCUUCGACCAGCAGAACUGCACCCUCAAGUUCCGUUCCUGGACCUACGACCACACGGAGAUCGACAUGGUUCUCAAGUCGCCCACGGCCAGCAUGGACGACUUCACCCCCAGCGGCGAGUGGGACAUUGUGGCGCUGCCGGGGCGAAGGACGGUGAACCCGCGGGACCCCAGCUACGUGGACGUCACCUACGACUUCAUCAUCAAGCGCAAGCCCCUCUUCUACACCAUCAACCUCAUCGUCCCCUGCGUGCUCAUCACCUCGCUGGCCAUCCUCGUCUUCUACCUGCCGUCCGACUGCGGCGAGAAGAUGACGCUGUGCAUCUCCGUGCUGCUGGCGCUCACCGUCUUCCUGCUGCUCAUCUCCAAGAUCGUGCCGCCCACCUCGCUGGACGUGCCGCUCAUCGGCAAGUACCUCAUGUUCACCAUGGUGCUGGUCACCUUCUCCAUCGUCACCAGCGUGUGCGUGCUCAACGUGCACCACCGCUCGCCCGGCACCCACACCAUGGCGCCCUGGGUCCGCCGCUGCUUCCUACGCCAGCUGCCCACCUUCCUGUUCAUGAAGCGCCCGGACAGCAGCCCUGCGAGGGCCCCCCGGCCCGGCCAGCUUCGCCUGACCAGGCUCGAGGCCGCCAGCACCUCCAGCCUCUGCGGGAGCUCCACGUGCUCUGCGGCUCCCCAGUCCCCGGGCGGCUCGGGCUCCCGCACCGCAGGCCUCCAGGAUUUCCGGCCAAGGUCUUCCGGGAGGUUCCAGCAGGAUGUGCAGGAGGCCUUGGAGGGCGUCAGCUUUAUUGCCCAGCAUAUGAAGAGUGAUGACCGAGACCAGAGUGUCGUUGAGGACUGGAAGUACGUGGCCAUGGUGGUGGACCGGCUGUUCCUGUGGGUCUUUGUGGUUGUGUGUGUGCUCGGCACAGUGGGGCUCUUCCUACCUCCCCUCUUCCAGACCCACACACCUUCUGAGGGGCCCUAAGCUGCCCUGCGUGCCCCGGGGCCCCGGGGUCGUCGGGUGAGAUGACAUGAGCGGCCACGUGGGCAGUUUCCUGCUUCCUCCUGAGUGACGGCUGAGGAGGCCCCAAGUACCUGAGUCCGUCAGCCAUCAGCCCCUUCAAACAGCCACGGCCGGGGGAGGACAGAUGGGAGCCCUGGACUGUCCUCUCCGAAGGCCUUGGAGGAGCCCCAGCAAAGUGCGGCAGAAGGAGCUCGGCCAGGCUCUGUCCCCGCGCGCGGGGCAUGAGGACCCGCUGUGUACCAGGAAUCUUGCCAUAUCCCGCCCACCUCUCCACCCCCCCCCCCCAUCACCCUCCACCCCCCAGCCCGCAAGGCUCGCUGGUCUUCUCUCAGACCCUCGCGGCUCAAAGCCCUUGCAUUUGCUGGACCUUCUACCCAGACCUUCCUCCCCCGGUGCCUCCCAAGCUCCGGCGGUGGCUGCACCGUCCAGGGCUCUGCUCCGAUCCACCCUUUGUGCCCCAGUCACCCCAGGUGCCUCGAGCCCUCCUCAGCUCAUUGUCCACACAUCACCCGCUAGAGCAUGAGCUCUGUCAGAGCAGGAACCUGGACCUUCGUUUGCGUGCACCAUCCCCAGGGCCUCGGACGCAGCUCCGCACGCAGCAGGUGCUUAAUAAAUGUCUGUUGAGUGAAUGGAUGACUCCUAUUCCUCCUUCGAGCUCCGAUGCCCCUCCCCUGAGCAGCCACCCCUGGCUCCCCUCCUGAAACAAUGGCCCUCCCCACAGCUCUGGUCACGUUCCGCUUUCUAUCAAGGCCAGGUUCAGGGGUCUCGCUCCCGGAUGCUCUGACUGGUCCUUCCACAUACUG